AUGCCGGGCGGAGGCCGCUGCCCGGACUGCGGCUCCGCGGAACUGGUGGAAGACGCGCAUUAUUCGCAGAGCCAGCUGGUGUGCUCUGACUGCGGCUGUGUGGUCACCGAGGGAGUUCUCACCACCACUUUCAGCGACGAGGGCAACCUCCGAGAAGUAGCAUAUUCGCGAAGCACAGGGGAAAAUGAACAAGUUAGUCGCAGUCAGCAACGAGGUCUCCGCCGAGUGAGAGAUCUCUGUCGAGUUCUGCAGUUGCCAUCAACUUUUGAGGACACAGCAGUUGCCUACUACCAAAAGGCAUACCAGCACCCUGGCAUUCGGGCUGCCAGGGUGCAGAAGAAGGAGGUGUUGGUUGGGUGCUGUGUCUUAAUCACCUGUAGGCAGCAUAACUGGCCCCUGACCAUGGGGACCAUCUGCACCCUGUUGUAUGCAGAUUUGGAUAUGUUUUCUGGCACCUACAUGCAGAUAGUGAAGCUCCUGGGGCUGGAUGUGCCAUCUCUGUGCUUGGCAGACCUGGUGAAGACCUACUGUAGCAGCUUCAAACUUUUCCAAGCCUCCCCGUCGAUGCCAGCCAAAUUCAUGGAAGACAAAGAGAAGAUGCUGUCACGAACACUGCAGUUGGUGGAGCUGGCGGAUGAGACAUGGCUGGUGACCGGGCGUCAUCCCUUGCCUGUCAUCACCGCUGCUGCUUUCCUGGCUUGGCAGUCGCUGCAGCCCUCAGCUCGUCUGACAUGCUCCCUGGCCCGAUUUUGUAAAUUGGCAAAUGUGGACCUACCCUACCCUGCUUCCUCCCGCCUCCAGGAACUGCUGGCUGUGCUGCUGCGGAUGGCUGAGCAGCUGGCCUGGCUGCAGGUUCUGAAACUUGACAAACGGUCUGUGGUGAAGCACAUCAGUGACCUGCUACAGCACCGCCACACUCUGAUCCGCAAAGCCUUCCGAGAAGGGCCGUCAGAGGUGGAGGCCCCGGCGGAGGAGCUGCGGGGACGGGUACAGGGACAAGAGGAAGUGGGAAAUGGCUCUUCUGGUUUACCCAAGGGGAAGCGGCCAGCUAGUCCUGCCCUUCUCCUCCCACCCUGCAUGUUGAAGCCCCCAAAGCGGGUCUGCCCCACUCCCCCUGCCUCCACGGUCACCGGAGAUGAGGACAUUUCUGACAGUGAGAUAGAGCAGUAUUUGCGGACCCCUCAGGAAGUGAGGGACUUUCAGAGAGCCCAAGCUGCUAAGCGGGCUGCCACAAGUAGUCCUAACCCCCCGUGA